CGAGCCGGCCUACACAUCAGCUCCAACCCCCGCUUGAGUUUACCUUCAUACAGCAAUAGCCUCGACGCUUUCCACCCCCUCGAGCAUUUCUUCACUUGCCAUUCAGCUUCCAAUCGAACAGCUUUUCAGAUCCCACUUCAAUCCUGGACAAUCUUGACAUCACUACCAUGGCAGCGCCAGUCCCACACUUCACUCUCAACAACGGCCAAAAGAUCCCUUCGGUGGGUCUGGGUUGCUGGCUUGGACAACCCGGCGCAGUCGACACCAACGGGCGUAAUGUGAAGCAAGCGCUGAAAGAUGCCAUCGAAGAGGCCGGCUAUCGUCACGUAGACACCGCCGCCCUUUAUCAAGACGAAGCCGAGGUGGGAGAGGUGGUCCGUACAUCGAGCGUGCCACGCGAAGAAAUCUUCGUCACCACCAAGCUUGGCAACAGCAGCCGAGAGUCCGCCGAGGCUGUGCAGGCUGCCUUUGACGACUCGUUCAAGAAGCUCGGUCUCGGCUACAUUGACGCUUGGCUCAUGCACUGGCCUCAGGGCGUGUCGUCCAAGACGGGCAAAGCUUUCGGCCUGGAGGGCCAGGACGGUCCUACCUUUGGUGAGACGUGGGCGGAUAUGGAGAAGAUUUACGAGAGCGGCAAAGUCAAGACCAUCGGGGUGUCGAACUUCUCCAUUCAGAAUUUGGAGACUCUGCUCAAGACGGCAAAGGUCGUACCGGCCAUCAAUCAAGUAGAGGGUCACCCCUUCCACCCCGACGACGCCCUGGCCGACUACUGCAAGGCAAAAGGAAUCCACAUCACGUACUACUCACCUCUGGGGCAACCACUGAAGCGAACAGACGUCCUCAAGGACGAAGUGCUCGCCGAAAUCGCAAAGCAAACGUCUUCAACCUCUUCGCAGGUGGCCCUCUCCUGGGCCGUGGCCAAAGGCCGCAGCGUGGUCCCAAAGUCUUCACGUAUCGAGAGGAUCAAGCAGAACAUCUCUCUCGUCGAGCUCUCUUCGGAGCAGGUCUCACGCAUUGACAGGAUUCACAAGGAGGACCCCAAGAAGUAUACCCGCCUCAAUAUCGCAGCAGCUAACGGAGACGACAAGACCGUCUUUGGCCUCACCCUCGAGCAGCUGGGGUGGGACUGUGGGUUCUUGCCCCUUGGCUUCCCAGGUAAGGGCAACACCAUUACCAGCAUUGAUUAAGAGGUUUGACAGCGUGCAGGUGCACAGCAACAGGGCGUUUGACCGAACUGGGAGAAAUUACAAGGAUGGACGUUGGGUCCACCAGGUUCGUGUGUCACAUCUUGGGUCGCUACAGCGACUGACGCGGUGGUCUUCGCAAUGCAAUAUCAGUACACGAUUGAGCGGACGGUACU